CCUUAUCACCGUGUGAGACUUUGGAUCAAUGGUCAAAUCUUACUUCCGUCAUGGUCCUACCCAGGCAUUCGGAGUCAUCACUUCUCCUACUGCCAAUUGCGCCUACGAUGGGAAAUUAGCCUAUGUCCCUGCUUGGGAAGAUGUAUUAGUAUGGGAUAUGAAGCUAGGUGAAAUGGUAUCAAUGUGGCAUUCCCCUUCUCUCAUCUCACCCAUCACCCGUUUACUUCCUUCCCCAUCUUCCAACCAAACCUUCGCCGUAGCUUACCAAGAUGGUUCUAUACGUCUUUGGUCAUCUUCCCCUCCGACAGAAAUAGUAACUUUCAACGGUCAUAGGAAAUCUCCCACUUUCUUAGCUUGGGACGACCAAGGAACCAGGUUAGCUUCAGGUGGGACAGAAGGUGAAAUCGUAAUCUGGGAUGUGGUAGGAGAAGUAGGGUUGUAUCGUCUCAAAGGACACAGAGGAGCUAUAACAGGUUUGAAGCUUAUACCUUCUACAAAAAUGAGAGGAUCAGGUUGGUUAGUGAGUUGCAGUAGGGAUAAUUAUUUGAAAUUAUGGGAUUUGAGUACACAACAUUGUGUUCAGACUGUUGUUGUUGGAAGAGGGGAAGUGGUUUCCUUGGAUAUCAUUGAAGAGGUCAUCGGUCUCGGAGAUGAAGACACCGAGGUGCAUGCCGAGGAAGAGGGUGUCGAUGAAGAGAAUCAGAAAAGGGGUAGAUGGUUGGUCGUCACCGGCUCUGGUGAUGGUGAGGCGAAAGUAUGGACCAUCGAGAAGUCUGAUCUAGCCCGAGGGUUGAAAACGACGGAUGGAGAACUCGGAACAUUCGUCAAACCCCUCUGUUCCUUACCUCUUCCGUCAAACACUCAACCUAUCUCUCAAAUAUCUUUCCACCCCACUCUCCCGUUACUUCUGUUGCAAAAUGGCGAGAGAACCAUAACGGUUUUGAGGAUACGUACCGAGGAAGAAGUCGGGGCGAAACGUGCUAGGAGGAAGAAGCGAGAAAGGGAGAAGGGGAAGAAGAAACAACUUCCUCUUCUUGCAUCUGCUACGAAUAAGUCUGGGCUGACUGAGAAAGGAGAUGACGUGGGGGAGGAAGGUGUAGAGAAGGGAACAGAGGGAGGGGAGGAAGAAGAAGGAGAUGAUGGAGAUCAAGUCAAGUGGGAAGAAAAGUUGACAAGUUUGUGUGUGGUCCGGACGAAUGCCAAAAUACGUUCCUUUGCAUUCGACGAGGAAGUGGGUAAGGGGGGUGUAUCUGUCCUCGUUCAACUCUCCAACAACUCUCUCGAAACUUACACCCUCCCACUUCCUUCUUCCUCAUCUCGUAAACUUAAAAACCAGUCAACCGAACCCAUCAAAACCCACUCCCUCGAACUCCCCGGACAUCGACAAGACCCUCGUACACUUUGCAUCUCCUCUGACGAUCAAGUGAUCGCUUCAGCCUCUUCCGGAACAUUGAAACUUUGGAACUCCCGUACCACCGCAUGUCUUCGAACGAUGGAAUGUGGAUAUGCUUUAUGUUCCACAUUCCUCCCUGGUGAUCGACAUGUGGUGAUAGGUACUAAAACCGGUGAAUUGGCAUUAUACGAUAUCGCCGGCUCGACAUUAUUGGAAAGUUAUAAAGUUCAUAAAGGUCCCAUUUGGGGUAUACAGGUAAGACCGGAUGGGAGAGGUUUGGUAAGUUGUAGUGGGGAUCAUGAUGUUAAAUUCUUUGAUUUUUCAUUCAUCGAGGAGGAAGAACAAGAACCAUCUCAAGUUUUGGACAAAUCCUCAUCGAAUCCUCCAUCUACCAAUGGGCUCAAAUACAAUGCUGCGAACGGAAAACCGGCUAAAGAUAUAACAAGAGUUACCGGUGUGAUGGAAGACAACAGAGAUUCAAGAUCAACUCGAAUCAAACCUAAACGUUUAACUUUGAUACACACUCGAACGUUAAAAUUAACAGACGAUAUCUUAUCAAUAAGAUUUUCACCAAAUGGUAAACUUUUAGCGGUGGCAUUAUUAGAUACGACAGUCAAACUCUUCUUCACGGAUACAUUGAAAUUCUUUUUAUCUUUAUACGGUCAUCGAUUACCUGUUUUAAGUAUGGAUAUAAGUGAUGAUAAUAAAUUAUUGGUUACUUGCGGAGCUGAUAAAAGUGUGAAGAUUUGGGGAUUGGAUUUCGGUGAUUGUCAUAGAAGUUUAUAUGCUCAUGAUGAAAGUGUUAUGAGUGUUCGUUGGGAAAAAGGUGGACAUAUGUUUUGGAGUGUUGGGAAAGAUGGGUUAUUGAAAUAUUGGGAUGGUGAUAAGUUCGAACUCGUCCAAACUCUCCGGGGUCACCAAGCCGAAAUCUGGUCAUUGGCAGUAUCCAACAACUCUUCUUACGUAGUUACCUCCUCUCACGAUAAAUCAAUCAGGAUAUGGGAAAAAACCGAUGAACCUUUAUUCCUAGAAGAAGAAAGGGAGAAAGAGUUGGAACAGAUGUACGAUACUAACCUCGUCGAUUCUUUAAAUCCACGUGUCGAGAAAGAAGGUGGUGAAGAAGUUGAAGGUGUAGGUAAACAGACUAACGAAAGUUUGAUCGAUGGUGAGAAGAUUGUGGAAGCUUUGGAAGUUGCCGAAAGGGAGAGAAAGGGUUUGGAGGAAUGGAGGGUUGAAAAUGGACUUGCAACGAACUCCAAUGAUCCAUCGUCAAUUACUGUACAGUCAACCUCUGUCGUAGGAGAUCAAUCGAAGGUGAUAACAGAUGAAAAUGGGGAAGUAAAGAAUUUGACGGAAAAACCUACAAGACCGACGGAAUUGGAAUCAGCGAAUAUGUCAGGAGGGCAAUACGUUUAUAAAGUCGUCAAGGGUGUUAAAACGGCAGGGAUGGAGGAUGCUCUGGUGGGAUUAUCUUUUGGUUCAGCUAUGAGUUUAUUGAGGUAUCUGAAUGAAUGGGCUAAGGAUAAUAUCGACCCAAUUCUCACAGCCCGUAUAGCCCGAUUCAUACUUUCAACCCAUUCCACCCAACUGGUAGUUUCGAGAGACCCGAUCAUCCGUUCUAUAAUCUCAUCACUCCGUACGAACCUACGUAAGAAUUUGACGAUGGAAAGAGAUAGAGUUGGGUAUAAUUUAGCUGGUUUGAGGUAUUUGAAAGGAAAGUAUGAAUUGGAAUCAGGGAGUACAUUUGUGGAUACGUUUGAAGAGGUGGAGAAGAAGGGUAAAGGGGGGAAGAAGAGGAAGAGGGUUGAGGUGAGGGUGUGAUUGGGAUGAUUGGGGAUGGAAUUUGACAAUCAAACUGGAAUUCUUGUUGUGUUUCUUUGGACACCAAUGACAUAUGAGUCUAUCUGCAUGAACAACAUGGAUUUGGUGUAGAUGAAAUACUUUUGAAAUGAUUGUUCAGUCGCAUGGUUUAAUAAGGAAAAAGAUUACACGAGUGACGAUCGACGGUAAACCCAACUUUUUAUGCAUUUUACAUGUGCAUC